GCCAUUUCUUCCAGAAUUCCAUUACGAUCCAGCUUCAACUUUCAAAUUCAACACCCCUUCACUUUUAUAUUAAUAUUCCUUAUUCAAAUCAAUGAGAGUAUCAGUCCCGUUCCAGCUACCUCUAUGGUAUCUUCCACCGCCAGAGCCUCGGACCGACGAGAGAAUGGCAUGCUUUGUCUCGACUGACGGAUCCCAACCAGACACAUUGAUCGAAGCUGGCGGCUAUAUCUUCGCAGUCCAUUUUAGCAAAAUCGCAGACCUGGUGCAAAAUCUGAGUCGACAUGCUCCCAACCCCCUAGAUCACCAGGACCCAGCUCUACAUCGCUUCCGGUUUGUUGCAAAGAAGGACCUUGCCAAUCCAUCCAGCAGGCAUCUUGGUAUCGUCGAUACCAACAUAGCAAAUGCUAGUCCAACGGGUUUGGAUCCUCCAACCCAACAGGAGGUACAUUGCCUCGAGAUGUGGCUACGGGCUGCGUAUAGACUCGUCGUGCCGAUUCAAUCGCUGGAAAAUCUCCGGAAUUUGUAUGACCUAGCAGCCCAGUUUUCCUGUCCUUCAUGGAUGGGCCCAUAUCUCGAUUGGCUUUUACCCAACAUCGUGUGUAGUGAGUUUUGGCUUGAUAUGCGGGAUCCGGGUCUUAGCUUGAGUUAUCUUAAGAUAGCGGAGGACACAAAGUCGAGGCUGCUUUAUCACGAUGCUCUCACCAUGCUCAGCACUGAGUUUGACGUCUAUGACUCGCAGAAAGAGGAUCAUUUCUCAAUGUAUCUCGAUAGUCGUACCAUUUCUUUGGCCAAGGCGGUUUCUCAACGGCGGGCGAAAUGUGUUGCAGAGGCGAAGAGACGGCUCGGUAUGAUUCGCAGUGAUUUGUCUUGGUGGCUAGCACAACAUCGUUCAAAAGGCGAGUGUGAGGUGGAGAUAGCAGUGCGAGAGUUGACAGUCUUGCGCGACAUGCCUGUCAACUGUCAGAGCCCUGCAACACCGAAACCAAUGGCGGAGAUCGUGUUUCUUUCCGAUAUUAUAGGUGUACUGAAUCGCUUCAAAGCAUACUGGCUGCAGGGAUUGGAGGGAGAGUCUGUUAUGAACAUGGUAAACAAUUUCUGCAAGUUCGCCAAAAGAAUGCAGCGAAACGGAAUGAAGCUCGACCGUUAUGGCAAAUUGUUUAUAAUCACGACCGAGUUGUAUGAAAAGGACAUCGACUUUAUUCUUGGACCACAAACACAGCGACAGUAUGUAGCUAGCUAGAUUAGACUCUUAAUAGGAUCAUGGUUAAAGCCAGUCUAAUAACCCAGUUGAUAAUCAGUUUGGGAAAAUCU